CCUGUGUGCGCUGGAACACUACUGAGAGGCAGGGUGGGAACAAUGACCAAGAAAUCUUUCCCAUUUCCAGCUGUCCUCUUGUGAAGUAGCUCUAUUGUCACACUACCGCUUGCCCCUGGCCCUGGGGGCAGAGUGUAAGGACUGGCUGUAGUCGGAUUCCUGGAUUUUAUUAGUCCCGUCUGCAAGGAAGGAGUAACUGGAGAGGGCAGCUUCAGAAAUUAGUUCUGCCCACAACCCGCUCCCCUCCCUCAAACUCACAGCCUUUCCUAUUCUAACAACAAGGCCUGGCUUGUAGAAUUCCAGAGCGGGGAAGCAGUGGUGAUAGGGUUCUAUUUUCUAGGGGAGAGCUGUGUUUGUGAGCAGAAGCCCUCUGGAGGUGUGGGAGGGCUGUGGGGACCCCCCCCCCCCAGAGGAUUUUAGGUAGGUAGAGAGUAAUGCGAACUGGUUUCUUCACAAUCCCUCCCUGAGCGUCUCUUCAUAAAACACGUCUCCAAACUCAAACUGUAGUUUCACUUUUCUCAGGUCCGGUUUAAGGAGCUCCUGCGAUGCUGGACAAAAUGCUCCCUCUGGCGUCUCAAACGCACACAAAUUUUUCUCGACCUUGAAGAGGCUGGGCUACCUUAGUUACGUGGCCUUCGACUCAAGUCUAAAGUACCACCCACAAACUCCCACUCGCCCCUGCAGCGGCGGACUGAAGCUCUGGGGCCGUCAGGGCUGCCACUCUUCUGCUUCCUCCUCUCCCAUUGGCCACUGGAAAUUUAAGCACCUUUUUUCAUCAUUGGGUGGGUUGGGUCUUUGAGCGCUUCCUUUGCCCAUUUCCAAGAUGGCGCUUAUGGCCAUGCUUAGAAUGCAGGUUGAAGCUAUAGUUCUGCCAUUACUUAAGAUGGCUGCCCCCAUCAAGAUGACCGGGGUGUGCCUAGGGGAAAGAGGCAGCGGGAUGCUUUGAGAUGGCCUAGCAUUGAACCCUAUGGAAGUUUCUGAAACUGGGGAGCCUGACGAUGGGGGGUGGAGCCCGUGGGGGAUAGAGGGAGCAAUAGAUUGUUUCCCCAGGCUAACCCCGACCCCUCCCUGUCCUCUGGACUAAAAUGGGUAACACCCUGGGCCUGGCACCGCUGGGGACUUUACCCCGCCGGACCCCCCGUCGAGAGGAACCACUGCCCAACCCCGGGAGCUUCGAUGAGCUGCACCGGUUGUGCAAAGAUGUAUUUCCAGCACAGAUGGAGGGUGUGAAGCUGGUUGUCAACAAGGUUCUGAGCAGCCAUUUCCAGGUGGCUCACACUGUGCACAUGAGUGCCCUGGGCUUGCCAGGGUAUCAUCUCCAUACCGCCUACGCAGGGGACUGGCAGCUUAGCCCCACUGAGGUGUUCCCCACCGUGGUGGGGGAUAUGGACAGCAGUGGCAGUCUCAACGCCCAGGUCUUGCUUCUGUUGGCAGAGCGGCUACGAGCUAAGGCUGUCUUCCAGACACAGCAGGCCAAGUUCCUGACAUGGCAGUUUGAUGGCGAGUAUCGGGGAGACGACUACACAGCCACUCUGACCCUGGGAAAUCCUGACCUGAUUGGGGAGUCAGUGAUCAUGGUCGCUCACUUCCUGCAGAGCGUCACCCAACGGCUGGUGCUAGGAGGAGAGCUAGUCUAUCACCGGCGACCAGGCGAAGAGGGGGCCAUCUUGACUCUGGCUGGGAAGUACUCAGCUCUACACUGGGUAGCUACGUUGAACGUUGGGUCAGGUGGGGCCCAUGCAAGUUAUUACCACAGGGCAAAUGAACAGGUUCAGGUUGGAGUGGAGUUUGAGGCAAAUACAAGGCUACAAGAUACAACCUUCUCCUUUGGUUACCACCUGACUCUGCCCCAGGCCAAUAUGGUGUUUAGAGGCCUGGUGGACAGUAACUGGUGUGUUGGUGCUGUGUUGGAGAAGAAGAUGCCCCCCUUGCCCGUCACUCUUGCCCUCGGAGCCUUCCUCAAUCACUGGCGCAACAGAUUCCAUUGUGGCUUCAGCAUCACUGUGGGCUGAAGUGGUCCUGGAGGCGACCUCCACACAGCAGCUGGAACCUUUGAGUCAGAUGCCCUAGGGCCAGAGACUAACUAGGUCCCUCUCCAGAGCCUACCUUGCUGAUGACUUCUAGGUCCCAUGGGCAGAGUGGGGGGCAGGACCGUGUCCUCCUCGGAACUGAAGCUGCCACAUGAUCACUUCCCCAUGAGGCAGUGGUUUGAGGUUCCCAAUUCUGCCAUCAGCCCCACUAUAAUUUUCCGUAUCUCUAUGGCUCUGGACUGAAGGAGAAGGAUUAAGGGAUGUAUCUGGCUUCCUUCACCCUACUUUCUUCUUUAUUAUUUUUAUUUGAUUAAGGUAUUAGCUUCUUCUUCAGAGCAGAAAGAUCUGCAUGGGAUUCACUUCCUAUACCAUUUCUCCCAUUUUCCAUCCCUCAGCCUCCCAAGGUUGGGAAAAUAGGGUUAAAGAGCUAAAUCUUUGGCCAUAGAAAGACCAAAGAAUGGGCCCACCCAUUCCUUGAAGGACUGUUAGCUCCUAGCCCUGAGACUUCCUCCUUUCCCAUCUUCUGUGUUUCCAGAGAGCCACUUUGGUCCUAUGGUCACCCCAACUCCCCACUCUCUGCCCUCCGCCCUGUCCACGCCCCAUGGAUGACCGCAUGGAAAGACA